UCAUAUGAACCCUAAUUUUGGGGUUGAAUACUCUUCUCUCUCCUCUCUCUCUUUCUCUUUUCUUAAAAUUAGAUUUCAAAGUCUUUACCUUUUCUCUUCCUCGUAUCUAGCAGCUUCGUGGGCUUCCGACAUUCUCAGCGAUUAUGCUCGAAUCCGACAAAGGGGACAUUAAAAGAGCAAGUCUUUUGAGCUGAGGAUGGAUCAUAUAGUUUCAGGAGAAGAAGAAGAAGAGCUUGGUGUUGACAUUGAAGAAGGUGUUAGGUUCAAUGAGACACAAGACACAAUAACCACAAAUCAAGAAGAUGUUUGGUCUGGACGUUUGAGUUAUGACCACAGGUCUGAAAACAUUACUGAUGAUGAAGAUGAUCCUUUGAUGGGAGGAGAAGGGAAGAGGAGAGAAAGAAGCAGCCAAAGUCUAGACCUUUCUGAUAGGAAAUUCGAUAACGUCAAAGUUAAGAAGACGAGGAAGCCUUCUUCCAAGCCUCCUAGACCUCCAAAAGGUCCUUUAUUGACUGCAAAUGAUCAGAAGCUGAUGAGGGAGAUCGCUGAGCUCGCUAUGAGGAAGCGUGCUAGGAUUGAACGUAUGAGAAGGAUGAAAGCAGCAAAGUCUUCUUCUCCUUGUAGUAGCGUUUUGGCUAUGAUAGUGACUGUUAUCUUCUUCGUCUUUCUUAUCUUUCAAGGGUUCUUUACAAGCAAUGCAAGUUUGAGUUCAAGCAAUUCUCCUGCACCAGACAAUAACCGUAUGGUCUCUGUUCAGUUCUACAAUGAGUUUGCUCCUCGUGAGAGAAUCGAUCCCAGCCCAACCACGACGUUCAGAUAUAAGAGAGUCUCAGGUGCAGACAAUGAAGAGAACACAAGAGAAGUUACUAGAUGAGUUCUCUUGGGAUUCUUGUAAUGUAAACCAAAAAACAGUACUUUAAGUUUUGUUUUGUACUUAAAUUCUUGACAUCAUUCUAUUGUUACUUUGCUCUGUUCUUGUGCUCGUAUGUGUGUAUAUAUAUGUUCUUUGGGUGAAUCUCUAACCUUCUUUGAGGUUAGGCUUUGUACAGCAAACUGAGUCUUAUGACCUUAAACAAUAAUGCUGAUGAAGUCAUGAUGGUUGAUGGUAAUGAUG